AUGGGAUUAGACGAAACUAAUCUCCAUGUCCUAAUCGAAUCCGGAACUCCUGACGAAAGAGAGAAUGCCAAAAAGGUCUUGAGAUUGCUUGAUCGCGGAAAGCACUGGGUUCUCGUCACAUUGUUGCUGUCCAAUGUCAUUGUAAACGAAACCCUUCCUAUUGUUCUUCAUGAAGUUGCCGGAGGUGGACUUCAGGCCGUAGUUAUCUCUACUGCUUUGAUUGUCAUCUUUGGAGAAGUUAUUCCCCAGUCAAUCUGUGUUCGUUAUGGUCUUGCUAUUGGAGCAAAGACUGCAUGGAUGGUUCUUGUACUCAUGUACAUCAUGUUCCCCAUUGCUUACCCUACUGCAAGACUUCUUGACUAUGUUCUUGGAGAGUCUCAUGGAACUGUGUACAAGAAGGCUGGUCUUAAAUCCCUUGUUUCUCUUCAUCAAGCCGUCAACCCAUCAGAUGUUGAUGCUUUGACUUCGGACGAAGUACUUAUUAUCGGUGCUGUUCUUGACUUGCGUUCAAAACCAGUCUCUCAGAUCAUGACUCCUCUCGAAAACGCCUUUACACUGUCGACUGAAGAUAUCUUGGACGAGAAAGUAGUCGAUGAGAUUCUUUCUGCUGGUUACUCUCGCAUUCCUAUCCAUACACCUGAAAACAAGAUUAACUUUGUUGGUAUGCUUUUGACCAAGAGACUGAUUACAUAUGAUCCCGAAGACGCCUUGCCUGUUAAGGAUCUUCCUAUCAGCACAUUGCCCGAAACUGGACCUGAAACUAGCUGUCUUGAUAUUCUCAACUUUUUCCAGGAAGGAAAGAGCCACAUGGCAUUGGUAUCUAGUGAUCCUGGAGGACAAUCUGGUGCUCUUGGUGUCAUUACUCUUGAAGACGUUAUCGAAGAACUUAUUGGAGAGGUAAAGAUAAAGAUAAAGAUAAAGAUAAAUAUGAAUAAAUAG